AUGAUGGCUCUAAAUGAAUUCUUUCCGACUUUACCUGGAUAUACUCCAGCACCCGCGUCAUCCCCGUUGGCAGUGAUUGAACUGAACUCGCCUACAGCCCAGAGAUAUAGCAUCGACCAGCUACAGCACUGCUGGGCGUUACUGGUGAAGCUGUACACCGGUAAAGACAACGUCUCUUUUGUAUAUGCUCGCACGGCUGUACACAGUGACGAUGCAUUGAUCAAUACUACACAUGCAAGGAUUAUCUCUUAUCAGUAUCAGACUAGUGAUAAUAGGAUGGGUAUUGAUAUGGUGUAUCGAGGAUGGAAGACUGCAGAUCUGUCGUCUUGUGAACAGAGCCGUGUGAAUACGGCUGUGCUGCUGCACACUGGGAUCGUUGGCAAGAGGAGUGGCGACGUUCUGUCGAGGGACUGGACGGGAGAUAUCAAUACCAAGGAGAUUGAACACACGAGUUUACGAAUAGUUUCUUCCCUGGCCAGCGGCUCUUUGGUGAUGCAGUACCGACCGAACUGUAUUCCCCUCAGAUAUGCUGAGUCCAUAGCACGCACAUUUGAACGAAUCCUGGAUGACUACAACCAGCCCACAUUCACAUCCACUCAUAAGCUGACCAGGUUGCAAAGUUUGGCACUUGAUUCCACACGAGAGUAUCUUCUUCACUGGGGUAUCAAGGGCGGAAAGCGCACCGAUAGCACCCACACCAUCAACACCCUAGUCCGCGCCUCAGUCCAGGCGACCCCAGAUGCCGAGGCCAUCUGCGCAUGGGACGGCCGCCUGUCGUACCGACAGCUAGAUACGCUCUCAGACACCCUGGCCAUGCGCCUGAUAAGCGCCGGUGUGGUCAAGGGGACGCGUGUGGCAUACGCCUUCACAAAAUCCUCCUGGGCUGUUGUCGCCAUUCUCGGGAUAUUGAAGGCUGGUGGCGUCUUUGCCGCGCUGGAUCCGUUGCAGUCGAAGAAGAGAUUAAGGAAUAUGCUUCGAAUCCUAGGGUGCACUACCCUAGUUACCUCUGACCUGCAUGCUUCUGAAGUUUCAUGUCUUGUAGCCAACUCUCUUGUUCUUCCGCGCGACGCUUUAUCUUCCGGUUCCACUUCCAGACCAAGGCAAGAGAUUGCACUUGAAUCCACCGAUGCGGCCUUCGUCCUCUUCACCUCCGGCUCAACAGGUUAUCCGAAAGCUAUCCUCCACGAGCAUGGCGCUGUAUGCAGCCACGCACUUGCCCUAGGAGAUGCAAUGGGGUACAAAGGCGCGCGAGUCCUCCAAUUCUCGGCAUACAUAUGGGACGUGGCAGUGAUAGACAUCCUUAUCACCCUUAUAUUCGGAGGGUCCGUGUGUAUCCCCUCAGAAGAAGACCGACUCCAUGACAUUUCAGCCUUUAUCCAAUGGAGCAAGGCCAACCUUGCCCUCCUUACGCCCUCCUACGCCCGCUCCAUUGACCCAGACAGCGUGUCAAGCCUCAAAACUCUCGCGUUGGGAGGCGAGUGCAUGACGAAGGAGGAUGUUAACAGAUGGAAUGGCCGUCUUACCCUGAUGAAUGUCUAUGGGCCAGCGGAGGUUGGAGCCUGUUCGUUGAACACCUCGGUGACGGCCGUGGCUACAGGGGAAGGAGAAGGAUACGUCGGAGUCAAAAACAUCGGCCGCCCACUGCGAAAUUCUCCCUGCUGGCUCAUCGACCCCGACGACGUGAACGUUCUCGUCCCCGUUGGCUCCGUGGGCGAACUCGUCGUUAGUGGAAUAAAUCUCGCGCGGGAAUACCUCGACCAGCGUGAGCUUACCGCUACGUCGUUUGUCAAUGACCCGGCUUGGGCGGAAGCCCUUGAACUCAAAGGUCCAAGGCGGUUCUACAGAACAGGAGAUCUGGCUAGCUACGACAUCAGCGCAUUCGACGGGUCUCUACUAUUUAUGGGCCGCAAAGACGACCAGAUGAAAGUGCGCGGACAGCGUAUUGAGCCAGGCGAGAUAGAGUAUCACCUUUCUCAUGUUCCUGAUGUUAAGGGUGGGAUUGUGACGAUUCCUGCCUGUGGGCCUUGGGAAGGCGAGCUGGUGGCCCUGGUCACGACUAACCAGCUGCAGAACCAUGGUCAUCUACAUUCAGACCCAUUGCAAGCCUUGCCAGCUGAGAUUCUCCCGCUAUCGCGCAUCCAGGAUUAUCUCUCCGAGUUCCUGCCCGGUUAUAUGAUCCCUACUGUCUGCGUGGCCCUUGCACAUUUCCCGCUCACAGCUUCCAUGAAGAUCAAUCGGAAGGAAGUGAAAGCAUGGCUGGAGAAGAUGGAGAAUACACCAGUUAAUGCUCUACAGAGCCAGAGAAGCUCUAAUGCAGCGGCCCUAGCGAAGACCGAGCAUACUGCAGUGAUAAUCAGUUCCCUUCUAUCCGAAUACCUCCGCUCCCUUCAUCCAGACCGCCCAGUCUGGCUCGAAGCCCUGGACCACGACGUUUCACUUCAUUCGGCCGGUCUGGACUCCAUCCAGAUGAUCACGUUCUUCUCGACGCUGAGGAAGCGCUUCGGAAACGUGCUUUCUUUCCCGGCGGUCAUGAAGACCAGACAGCUGACUGUUAGAAGUCUGGCGCGGAUUAUUGACGGUUCAGGGGGAGCGGCGCCCACUCGUUCACUUUUCUUUGUCAAUGUAGAGGCUGAGAUUGAUGAUAUCUCCCAGCAGCUCCUCAGACGGCUUGAUUCCUUGACUGUGGAGGUAAAUGACAACAAGAAAUCUAAAGCCGCAGCUCCAGCUAUUCAAAACGUCUUCCUCACCGGUGCGUCCGGCUACCUUGGGAGACACAUCUUCCGACAGCUACUUUGCCAACCAAGCGUACAUAUCUACAUCCUCGCGCGCCAGCCUUCACCAUCAGGAAAUACGCGAGGCCAGAGAUCACCCACACCAAGAGACCCCAUUAGUAAGACCGCAAUGCUGGAAGGUUGGUGGGACGAAUCCUUCCGGCAACGCUACACCGUCUGGUCAGGAGAUCUCGCUGAGAAGGAUCUCGGCCUAAGCAAAUACCACCUGGCAUUACUUGCGGGACAAGGUCCAGCGGAGAAAGUAGUGCACGGGAUCAUCCACUGCGGUGCGGUUGUGCAUUACACGCUCGACUACGAGAGCCUCCAGGCGGCAAAUGUGCACUCGACAAUGAACCUCCUGGAGAUAAUGGCGCGACCGAGGUCUCCCAGUAGCUUUGUGUUUAUAUCAGGAGGCAGAAACCCUACCCCUACCCCAACCACAGCCCUGACCGCUACUCAGAAUCAGAAGGACCUAGUAAGAGACAAAGUCGAGGUCGAUAGAGUCCUCUGGAAUGGCUACAGCCAGUCCAAGUAUAUCUCAGAAAGACUCACUCUGGAAGCUCAUACAUUACCCGUACCAUACUUCCAAGGCAAGCACCUCUGCACCGUCAACCCGGGGUACAUCAUCGGCUCGGCAACAAACAACUGGUGCGCCAACACGCGCGACUUCAUCUGGAAACUCGUCGCUGGGUGUCUUGAGAUCGGCCUCUAUAACUGCGACGAGGCGGACGGGUGGCUAUUUGUUUCGGAUGUAGCCAGUGUAUCCAGGGUUGCGGUUACGGCGCUUCUCAACCCGAACCAGGACAGUGGUGAGGAUACUCACACCCAUGCCAUAACAGAAGGCCUCCCGUUCCAAACUCUCUGGGACAUAUUGCAGCAUGAAUACGGAUACCGGCUUAGCGGGGUUUCGGGGGAACAGUGGCUUCAGACAUUGAAAUCCGCUGUUCUUGAUGCGGGAGAGGCUCAUCCGCUGUUUACGUUGUUACCUAUGCUGGAGACGAAUGGGCUGGGAUUGGGGACUCGGCGUGACUUUUUAUUGAGUGUAUCGGAUGGGGUGACUGAGUGUAUAAGGAGAAAUAUUGCCUAUCUUGUGCGGAUUGGGUUUUUGCCUAGACAGCCGUCUUGA